AUGAAACGAGAACCACGAACCGGUAUCGACAUUCUCGUCGUGGGAGGCGGCAUCGGCGGACUCACCUUUGCAAUCGAGGCCCACCGCAAAGGCCACGAUGUGCGCGUUCUUGAACGGAAUGACGAAGGUCAAUACUCGGGUGAGAUCAUCAUGAUCACCAGCUCAGCGCUCGAAACGCCCAAGAAAUGGCCAGGAUUCUUAGAACGCCUCAGGGCCCUCGCAUCGCCACCAACCUUUGACCUGCGCAAAUACGACGGCACAUUCAUCCAACACCAUGCUCCUGGCGACUCUGCAAAUCCGUCUUUGAGCAUCUACCGAAAGAGGCUGCAUAGUUUGCUGAAUACCUACGUCAAAGAGCUCGGUAUACCCAUCACGUACGACGCGAAAGUGGAUUCAUACUUCGAUUCAACCACAUCAGGCGGUGUUGUCCUCAAAAGCGGUCAGAAGAUAACUGCAGAUGUGGUGGUAGCCGCAGAUGGUGUAGGCUCUAGGUCCCGCGAGAUCAUCGACGGGAAUAGAGAGAAGCCGAUUAGUUCUGGCUUUGAUGAGAACGGUACGGCAACGGAGAGCUGGUCAAAAACCACUUCCACGCAUAGGAUUCUGGAUGUUGUAAAAGAUUGGGAUCCUUUUGUUACGGAGGUGAUCAAGGCGACACCGAACAAUCAGGUGCUCGACUGGAAGCUGAUGUGGCGUGAUCCACAGCCGCAGUGGGUGUCGAAAGGCGGCCAUGUCGUGCAGCUGGGCGAUGCUGCCCAUCCCUUCUUGCCUACGUCGUUCAGUGGCGGCACGAUGGCCAUGGAAGACGCGUACUCGCUAGCAGCCUGUCUACAUGUUGCCGGGAAGCAGCACGUUGCGCUUGCAACCAAGGUGCACAAUAAGCUGAGGUUUGAGCGAGUAUCCUGCGCGCAGAAACUAGGAUUCAAGAAUCGUGAGAUCUUUCACAACACCGACUGGAAAGACGAAAAGGCGGCGCCGACAAAGCAGCACAAGAUGGUCGGAGAUUGGUUGGUCUGUCACAACCCCGAGAAGUAUGUUUACGAAAACUACCAGAAGUGUGCUGAGCAUUUGGACACGGGUGUCGAGUUCUUGAACACGAACAUACCGCCGGGAUACAAGUACAGACCGUGGACCGUCCGCGGGCUGCUGGGGGCCUCGGAACGUGGCGAAGUGGUUGGGGAUGAAGGCGACUGGUCCUAA